AUGUCACUGACCUCUGCAUUUGUCAAGAAAUUGGCAUCAAACGACAAGCCCACGCGAGAUGCCGCACUUGAGGCUCUUCGCAAAUACUUGGCUUCAAAAACACUCAAAUCUGGAAACUCGUUAUCGUUAUUAGACAUGGAAAAGUUAUGGCGAGGUCUUUACUUUUCCAUGUGGUUCUGUGAUAGGCCGAAGGCUCAGGAACGUCUCGCUGAAAGCUUGGGUCAAUUAUACCUGGAAAACAUCAAGUCUGUCGAGUCCUUUCUUUUGUUCACAAAAGCCUUCAACUUGAUCAUGAUUAAAGAAUGGGCAUCUAUUGAUCAAUGGAGGAUAGAUAAAUAUUACCUACUAAUCCGUCGUGUAUUGAGACACAACUUUCAAUAUUUAAAGAAGAAUCAAUGGGAUUUAGAAUUGGUGAAGAAGUGGACGCAGGUGAUGAUGGAGACGAUAUUGAGUGGUGGUGAUAAAGUGCCUGUGGCAUUGCCCUAUCAUUUAUGCGAUAUAUUCUUGGAUGAACUUGAAUUGAUAAUGUUUGCAGAUAUAGAAGAUAGGGAAGUUGAUGAAAAUGAUCCCGAAGAUAUGAAGCAAAAAUUAGAGGAGUUGAACAAAGAGAAAAUUGCAAUUGCCAAUGAAGUGCCCAUUCGGGAACUCAUCGAACCAUUUACAAAGUUGAGCAAGGAAGCCAAAUUAAAGACUUUGAGAGAGAAAACAAAGGAGGAUGUGUUGGAUAAUGAAAAGUUGGUUGAAUGGGGAGUCGUGCGAAAUUCUAACGGCAAUAAGGGUGGAAACUCGGAGGGUUCUGAAGAGGAUGAAGACGACGAAGAUGAGGAAGAUGAAGAUGAAGAAGAUGAAUGGAAAGGGUUUUAA